AAACAACCUCUCCCCGGCGAAGCCACCUUGAAGCCACCGGAUUGUGACGCGUCCGAAGACCAAAAUUGCACGAGAUUACGACUCGACAUGGAUCCUGCUCAAGACAACGGCAAUGCUCCUGAACCAGAGGUUCUCUACCCUGCAUCACUCUUUACGCCUCAAGCCCUCGUACUUUCAUCAUUAGCUGUUGCUGUGGUGCUGUUAGCUGUCGUUGCAUUCGUGUCACGUAGAAAAUCUACGUCAAAAGGCGAUGCACUACUGCUUGUUGGUCCGUCCGAUGCAGGCAAGACAGCCAUCUUCUCCUCACUCGUAUACAAACAGCCGUUAUCGUCGCAUACGUCCAUGCAACCCAACGUCUCCAUUAUGCCAGUGCAAGAGAAGUCUCUUCGAGUAGUCGAUGUCCCUGGGCACCCGCGCAUCCGCGACCAAUUCCACGAGUACAUGGCGGACGCCCAGGGUAUUGCCUUUGUUGUGGAUACAAGCACAAUUUCCAGGAAUGGGGCAGUAGUUGCUGAGCAUCUGCACCAGGUCUUGCACGCUAUCACCUCUCUUCCUCCAUCGCGGCCUACUCCGGCCCUAGUCAUCGUUGCGCAUAAAGCCGACCUACUGAAGGCAACAGCGCAAGCAACUCCAGCACAACUCGCUAUCAACCGCGUGCGCUCAAUACUCGAGCGCGAGCUCGAGAAGAGACGCGCGUCACAAGCUGGCGGCGUCGGUAUAGAAGGCUUGGGUGCAGAAGACACAGAAUCUGAGAUGGGUGGACUAGAGUGUGGUGGAUCCGGCGAGUUCAGGUUCGACGCAUGGGAGGGAGGCGAGAUAUCAUUCGCAGGUACCUCCGUCAAUGUGUCGACAACGAAGCAUGCGUUGGACGAGAAAUCAGGCGAUGUGGAUGGCCUUGCACCUCUUGUACAAUGGGUUGAAGAAUUGUAGUACUACUAUAGUUACUUAGUGUGUGCGAGUCCGGCUUUCCUCUAGCUUGUCGGCUUUUAUGGUCUGCAACGGAGACUAGCUUUUCAGAGAACCUCGCAACUUUCAGGAC